UCCACAGCACCAUCCAAUUUUUGGAAACAUUUGCAUUAGGGAAACACUCUUCCUUUCUUCCUUCUUCACAUCUACUAGAGAGAAAUUAAGAGGAAGGUCAUGAUCUGGGGUUUACUCUACCUACCAAGAUCAUGAUCUAUCUCAUUUCAUCCCUUGCAUUUUGAUCCCUCAUUUCUUCAUCUCUUCUGAUCAACAUUCAUUGUCUUGAAUUUUGUUGGGUUGUUUUUAUUAGACAAAAGUUGAGGUAAAAAGAAUGGCUUCGCGAUCUUUCAAGCGUUUGGUUGAACAGAAGGUGGGAAGAGUUGGGGUUUUCUUCAUAUACGCUAUUCUUGAAUGGGCGAUGAUCAUUAUUCUUUUCAUUGAUGGUUUUCUUGCAUUUUUCACCAAUGAAUUCGCCAAGUUCUUUGAAUUGAAAGUUCCCUGCCUGCUAUGCACGAGGAUCGAUCAUAUUUUCAUUAAAAGGAACUCUAGUUUUUAUUAUAAUGAUUCCAUUUGUGAAGUUCACAAAAAGGACAUCUCUUCCCUUGCGUAUUGUCAUGUCCACAAGAAGCUUUCUGAUAUUAGGAACAUGUGUGAAGGCUGCCUUCUCUCGUUUGCAACAGAGAAGGAUUCUGAUUGUGAUAGGUAUAAGUCAUUAGUUGGGAUUUUGCAUAAAGACAUUGAUUGCUUUAUGGAUGGAGAUGAUCAGAGAGUUUCCAUAAAAUCAGUGAAGAAUGAAGAUGAAGUCAUCAAAACUGGAACUGUUGUUGUCCUGAGGUGUUCUUGUUGUGGGGAGCCUCUGAAACUGAGGUCUAAAUAUACGCGGGACUUGUCUAUAAAUGAAAAUAUUUAUUCACAAGCUCCUGCCCCGUCUCCUCGAUCUCCCUUGACAACAUGGAGAAAUGAGGAAUCGCGCAAUCUAGAAUUGCCUCAUGUUCGGUACACAGAGCUGAAGUUUACCUCAGAUAAUGACUCCGACCUUCCAGAUGAUGAGGGUCACCAAAAUGCAGCAGGUAGAGAUGAUAUUAAUGCAGCUACAGAUCCUGAGGACAUACAUGAUGAAUCUUGCAAAACCCCAAAUUCUGCAAGAAACAAAAUCUUUGGGAUCCCAUUGUCAGACUCAGCUCAAGCCAGUCCUAAGUGGCCUUAUAGGCCCAAAAAAUUGGGUGGUGAUAAGAGUGAAUUCAUUUCAGAUGCUAAUGACACGAGUGCAGCGAAUGAGGCAGAUGAUGAUAUCUUGCAUCGCUUGAAGAGGCAGGUUCGUCUGGACCGAAAGUCUCUCAUGGAACUGUACAUGGAAUUGGAUGAAGAAAGAAGUGCCUCUGCUGUUGCAGCAAACAAUGCCAUGGCCAUGAUCACGCGCUUGCAAGCAGAGAAGGCAGCUGUCCAAAUGGAAGCUUUGCAAUAUCAGAGAAUGAUGGAAGAGCAGGCUGAAUAUGACCAAGAGGCCUUACAAGUCAUGAAAGAUCUUGUUUUAAAGAGGGAGGAGGAGAUAAAGGUAUUGGAAGCUGAACUUGAGACCUACAGGGAGAAAUAUGGACAUGUCAAGAGAGUAGGUAGUGAGGUCUGUGAAGUCGAUGCGGAUGAUGAUUAUCAAGAGUUGAAAUCUCAUUCUGUAUCAUCCUUCGGUGAAAGAUCAGAAUGUGGCAGUCCUCGUGAUAUGGAUCAGGAUGGAGUAAACGAGUUCCAUAUUGAACGUCCUGGGAAAUAUGGAGAGGGAACUGUUGAUGAAUCAAACCUUGAUUUUGAGAAUGAGAGAUCUUAUCUACAGGAUUUGUUGACAAACCUUGAAAAGAAGAUUAAAAUACCUCCGGAUGUUGAAUCUCAUGUGUUAGAAUCAAAUGUGAUUCAAGACAGAGGGAAUGAGAAUAAGGUUACCCUUACAAGAGAAGUGUCUCUAAUCAGAGAGAGAUUGAGAGCUGUCGAAGCAGAAAGUGGCUUCUUAAAACACGCAGCCAGGACAUUACAGAGGGGUGGAGAAGGAACCAAACUCUUGACUGAGAUAGCUCAACAUCUGCGGGAGCUUAGAUACCCUGAUACAGCAACAGGGAAUGCAGAUGCAUGACUUUUGUCCAAAAAGUUCUUCUCCUUUUCCUCUCUUCUUCUUCCACAUUAGGAUGUACAGUCUUGGAAGGAGCCUGAAGUUCCCAGCUUUGGCAUUUCUCGGAGCUUUACUUCUCAAUACCUAGAGCUUGAGGUUCGUCUGGUGAAGUUGGCUUGGAACCAGACAAGUUUGAAAUAAUCCAGCAAAAGGCAGAAUGGACGCACGGGAGGACUCCAAUUUGAAACGAAGAAAUAGUUUUGUUAAAUGUAAAUGCAUAUAGAUGGUUAUAUAUUUGUAUAAUAUCCACCUCUCUUGACCUCUUGAAAUCUAUUUGAAACGAGUUGUUCAUCAGAUGCUACGACAGGGAUUUCAUUGACAGCAGAUGUACACAGCUGCUUGUUUGGCAGAUAAUAUAACUUAAACAGUAACUAAACGAGCAGAGUGGAAGGUGUGAGCGAGCAUUAAAUGGAUCCUAAUCUUCUAAUGCGUUACUUCUCUUUCUUUUUCACUCA